AUGUCAGGUCCCCCACCAUACUCCACAGAUAACAAACAGAUCCCACAACCUCCACAACCAAACUAUCCCCAACAAGCAACGUAUGCUCAACCAACCUACAUUCAGCAACCUGCUUACGUUUAUCAGCAACCAGCUCAUGUGCAGUACACCACUUAUCCACAGACAAUUUACACCACGCAACCGCAGACUAUAAUAGUUGACGACUGCCAUCAUCAUCACCACCGGCGAGAAGGAGGCGAAGGAGCAGGCAACCUGUGCUGCUUGAUUGCUGGACUAGCUUGCCUCUGCGCUUUGUGCCGCAGAUAG